CGCAUUUCUUGUUUUGCCUUCUUCGCCCGCCUCGAAACUCGCCUUCUGCUACCACGCUCCACCACCCGGUCAGUCUCUGAUCGUCCAUCCCCAUCCAUCCCUCUUCUUCUGUUGUUGAAUUUCCCUUGUGUCGUCGUACUUCUUCUGCCUGUUUCAGAUCAAGGACCUGCGCGAAGGGAUCUCUGGGAUUGAAAAGAAUAGGACGCUCUGUUUGAGCUUGUCUAGAGUACUCUCGUCUCGCUUUAUCUCCCGUGGCAAAGAUGAGCGGCACGCUGUUUUCGUACUCUUCGGCUCCGGUGAAGACCGUGAAGGAGAUCCAAUUCGGUAUCCUGUCACCUGAGGAGAUUAGGGCCUUCAGUGUUGCCAAAAUCGAAUUCCCGGAGACGAUGGAUGAAACUCGCAUGCGUCCCCGGCGCGGUGGCCUCAACGAUUCGCGCCUUGGCUCCAUCGAUCGCAACUUCAAAUGUGAAACCUGUGGCGAAGGCAUGUCUGAAUGCUGUGGCCACUUUGGUCACAUUGAACUUGCCAAACCGGUUUUCCAUAUUGGUUUCAUCAGCAAGAUCAAGAAAAUCUGUGAGGCUGUCUGCUUUCACUGCGGAAAGCUGAAACUUGAUGAAAGCAAUCCUGCUUUCGCCCAAGCCAUCAAAAUCCGCGACCCUAAACGCCGAUUCCAGGCGGUUUGGUCUCUUUGCAAGGCCAAGAUGAUGUGCGAAACUGAUGUUCCGAACGACGACGAAGAGGCCUUUGGCGAAAAGGCUCCCAAGAAAGUCCUGCACGGUGGCUGUGGUAACGCUCAGCCUACUAUCCGCAGAGACGGACUCAAGCUGUGGGGUACUUGGAAGAAGGAUAAGAACGACGAGAUGGAUCAGCCCGAGCGGCGCCAGCUGAAGCCCCAGGAGAUUUUGAACGUGUUCAAGCACAUCUCUGACCAGGACCUCGACCGCCUUGGUCUCAACGCCGACUACGCCCGACCCGAGUGGCUCCUGAUCACCGUUCUCCCCGUCCCUCCUCCACCGGUCCGUCCUAGUAUUGCUAUCACCGAGGCUGCUCGUGGUGAAGAUGAUUUGACUUACAAGCUAGCCGACAUCUUGAAAGCAAACGCAAACGUCCGCCGAUGCGAUCAGGAAGGUGCACCCGCUCACGUUCUCAACGAGUUUGAGUCCCUUCUCCAGUUCCAUGUCGCCACUUAUAUGGACAACGAUAUCGCUGGUCAGCCUCAAGCUCUCCAGAAAUCCGGCCGUCCUGUCAAAUCCAUUCGUGCUCGUCUAAAAGGAAAGGAAGGUCGUCUCCGAGGUAACCUCAUGGGCAAGCGUGUCGACUUUUCGGCUCGUACUGUCAUCAGUGGCGAUCCCAACCUGGCUCUUGACCAGGUCGGAGUGCCUCGCAGUAUCGCCCGUACACUGACAUACCCGGAGAUUGUGACGCCGUACAACAUUCAGAAGCUUACUCAGCUCGUGCGAAAUGGUCCCAACGAGCAUCCUGGUGCAAAGUACGUCAUCCGUGACACUGGCGAGAGAAUCGAUCUGAGAUACCACAAGCGGGCUGGUGAGAUUACUUUGCAGUACGGAUGGCGUGUCGAGCGUCACAUCGUCGACAACGAUCCAGUUUUGUUCAACCGUCAGCCGUCUCUGCACAAGAUGUCUAUGAUGGCUCACAGAGUCAAGGUCAUGCCUUAUUCGACUUUCCGACUUAACUUGUCUGUUACAUCGCCCUACAACGCUGACUUUGAUGGUGACGAAAUGAACUUGCACGUUCCUCAGUCGGAAGAAACUCGCGCAGAACUUAUGACUAUUUGCGCCGUGCCUCUUCAGAUUGUGUCGCCGCAGUCCAACAAGCCAGUUAUGGGUAUUGUACAGGAUACUUUGUGCGGUAUUCGAAAGAUGACCAAGCGAGAUACAUUCAUCCCUUACGACCAGGUUAUGAACAUCCUUUAUUGGGUGCCAAACUGGGAUGGCGUUAUUCCGCAGCCUGCUAUCUUGAAGCCGCGACCGUUGUGGACUGGUAAGCAGAUGGUUAGUAUGGUCAUUCCUAAGGGCAUCAAUCUGCAGCGUUUUGAUGAUAAAAACACUCUGCUUUCGGUCAAGGACAACGGUAUGAUGAUUGAGAAUGGUGAGAUCAUGUAUGGUGUUGUCGAUAAGAAGACUGUCGGUGCUACUUCUGGCGGUCUGAUUCAUACCAUCAUGCGUGAGAAAGGAGCCUAUGCGUCGCGCGACUUUAUCGGUGGUGUUCAGACAGUGGUCAACUACUGGCUUUUGCACAAUGGUUUCUCGAUCGGAAUCGGUGAUACGAUUGCUGAUGCAAAGACUAUGCGCAAUAUCACAAACACAAUCUCGCAAGCCAAGCGCGAGGUGCAGCAGAUUAUUUUGGAUGCUCAGGCCAAUAAGCUGCAACCCGAGCCUGGUAUGACCUUGCGAGAAUCGUUUGAGCAGAAAGUUAGUAAAGUGCUAAACACUGCUCGUGAUACGGCCGGUCGUUCGGCUGAAACCAGUUUGACUGAGGCCAACAACGUCAAGCAGAUGGUUGUAGCGGGAUCCAAGGGUUCGUUCAUCAACAUCUCGCAAAUGUCUGCUUGCGUCGGUCAGCAGAUCGUCGAAGGAAAGCGUGUUCCGUUCGGCUUCUCGUACCGUACACUGCCGCACUUCACAAAGGAUGAUUACAGUCCCGAGUCGCGUGGCUUCAUCGAGAACUCGUACUUGCGUGGCUUGACCCCCCAGGAGUUUUUCUUCCACGCCAUGGCUGGUCGCGAAGGUAUCAUUGAUACUGCUGUCAAGACUGCAGAGACGGGAUACAUUCAGCGACGAUUGGUUAAGGCUCUUGAGGAUGUCAGCGUGCAGUAUGACGGCACUGUCCGCAACUCGCUGGGUGAUGUCCUCGAGUUUGCGUAUGGUGAAGAUGGAAUGGAUGCUACGUUUGUCGAGAAGCAGUCGAUUGACUCAAUGUCUGGCUCGAACGAUCGGUUUGCGCAGAGAUACAAGAUCGAUCUUAUGGAUCCCGCAUGGGCGCUCAAGCCAUCGCUUUUGGAGAGCGGCAACGACAUCAUUGGCGACGCUGAUGUUCAGGCUGUGCUUGAUGAUGAGUACAGUCAGCUUCUUGCUGACCGGAAGCUGUUGCGAGAGUUUGUGUUUAAGAAUGGUGAGGACGCGUGGCCACUGCCGGUGAACCUUCAGAGAAUUAUUCGCAACUCGCAGCAGAUUUUCCACUUGGACAGUCAGAAGGCAAGCGAUCUGACGCCGGCAGAGAUUGUUGACAAGGUUCGCGAUCUUUGCAAGCGGUUGAUUGUUGUGCGCGGAGAUGAUCCGAUUGUGCAGGAGGUGCAGGAGAACGCGACCACGCUGAUGCAGUGCUUGGUGCGGUCUCGGCUGGCGUGCAAGCGCGUGCUCGAAGAUUACCACCUGAACCGGGUUGCGUUUGAGUGGGUUAUUGGUCAGAUCGAGGCACAGUUUGCGAGAUCUGUGGUCGCACCUGGAGAGAUGGUUGGAGUUAUCGCUGCGCAGUCUAUUGGUGAGCCGGCUACGCAGAUGACUUUGAACACUUUCCACUAUGCUGGUGUGUCGUCGAAGAACGUGACGCUUGGUGUGCCUCGAUUGAAGGAGAUUUUGAACGUGGCGAAGAACAUCAAGACGCCGGGAUUGAGUGUGUACCUGACGCCUGAAUUCUCAGCCUCGCGAGAGAUGGCAAAGACUGUACAGUCUGCGAUUGAGCACACUACGCUGCGCACGGUGACGGCGGCGACGGAGAUUUACUAUGAUCCAGACCCGCACUCGACGGUGAUUGAAGAGGAUAAGGAUACUGUGGAGGCGUACUUUAGUAUUCCGGACGAGCAAGUGGAGGCUACGAUCCACAAGCAAUCGCCGUGGCUAUUGAGAUUUGAGCUCGACCGAGCGAAGAUGCUCGAUAGAGAGCUGACGAUGAGCCAGGUUGCGGAGAAGAUUAUCCAGGACUUUAAGGAGGAUCUGUUUGUGAUUUGGUCUGAGGAUAACUCUGAGAAGCUUAUUAUCCGAUGCCGAGUGCUGAGAGACCCGAAGAGUAUUGACGAAGAGAUUGAGACUGAAGAGGAUACGAUGCUGAAGAGAAUUGAGGCACAUAUGCUUGAGUCGAUUUCGCUGCGUGGAAUUGAGGGAAUUUCGCGAGUGUUUAUGAUGCUGUACGAGCCCAAUGUCGCGGGACCUAACGGCGAGUACCGGAAGGAGAAGGAGUGGGUGCUCGAGACGGAUGGUGUUAACCUUGCGGAGGUUAUGGCGAUUGACGGUGUUGACUACAAGCGGACGUACACGAACUCGUUUGUUGAGGUGCUGUCGGUGUUGGGAAUUGAAGCGACACGACAGGCGCUGUACAAGGAGAUUAUGAACGUCAUUGCGUUUGAUGGUUCGUAUGUGAACUACCGACAUUUGUCGUUGCUGGUUGAUGUGAUGACGGCACGGGGACAUUUGAUGGCGAUCACGCGACAUGGAAUCAACCGAGCGGAUACGGGAGCGUUGAUGAGAUGUUCGUUUGAGGAGACGGUUGAGAUUCUGUUGGAGGCAGCGUCAGCGGCUGAGCUUGAUGAUUGCAAGGGAGUGUCUGAGAAUAUUAUGCUUGGACAGCUUGCGCCUCUGGGAACGGGAGACUUUGAUCUGAUGCUGGACGAGAAGAUGUUCAACAGCUUGCCGGUUGAUUAUGGUGGCGUGGGAGCUGGAGUUGGGAUGGGCAUAUCGAAUGGCGCUGGAGAUGGAGCCGCGACGCCGUACGACAGUCGGUCGCCGGCGUACUCUGAGAGCAACUACCUUGGGUCGCCGGAUCCGGCUGCCGCGUUUUCGCCUAUUGUGAAUUCUGGACUGGACGAGCGUGGAGGGUUUACAGAGUAUGGAGGAGGAUUUGGACAGAGUCCGUAUGGAGCGGGCCAGUCGCCGGGAUAUAAUCCGACGUCGCCGUUUUCGUCGUUUGGAAGUACGAGUCCGAUGACGUAUGGCACGAGCCCGACGUCGCCAGGAUACUCGCCUACGAGUCCGCAGUAUAGUCCGUCGUCGCCCGGAAUGACUAGUCCAGGGUUUGCGACGUCGCCGAGAUUCUCACCGACGAGUCCUGGAUACAGUCCUACGAGUCCUUCGUACUCGCCAACGAGUCCGUCAUACUCGCCGACUAGUCCGUCGUACUCACCCACGAGUCCGUCAUAUUCACCGACGAGCCCGUCGUACUCGCCUACGAGUCCUUCGUACAGUCCUACUUCGCCAUCGUACAGUCCUACGUCGCCGUCGUAUUCGCCUACGAGUCCGUCGUACAGUCCGACGAGUCCUUCAUAUAGCCCGACGAGUCCGUCAUACUCACCUACGAGUCCGACGUACAGUCCCACGAGUCCAUCGUACUCGCCUACGAGUCCAUCGUUUUCGCCUACGAGUCCGUCGUAUUCACCUACGAGUCCGUCGUUCUCACCAACAAGUCCGUCGUAUAGUCCUACGUCGCCGAGUUAUUCGCCGACGAGUCCGCGGUACUCGCCGACGUCGCCGCGUCAGUCUUAGUCAAGAGUAUUGAGUCUAGUCUUAAAGAGUAUUGAGUAGUGUUUUAAAAUGGAGAAGUUGUUUGUUGUAUUGUACACGUAUAUUAUAUAAAGAAGAAAUAUCAGCCUAAUACCGAAGUCUUU